GCUGGAUGUCUUAAAAUAUAUAAGGUGGGUAAAUCUCCGGGACAUGACCAGGUGUACCCAAGAAGUCGUUGGGAAGCUAGGGAAAUGAUUUUUGGACCCCUUGGUAAGAUACUUGUAUAAUCGAUAGCCACAGGUUUUUUUUUGCAGGUGUGAGACACUGUGAACGUCAACAGGUGUACCAGAGCUUUUCACUGUGCUUAGGGACAUGUAACACCAAAAGAAAUCAACGCAGUUCCGAUGGGCUGAAUGGCCUGCGGCUUGGACAAUGAAGCAGAUCAGAGCACCGCCCCUUUUAUUCCCGGGCAGGUUUCCAGCUACUUCCGCCAGGUUGGAUCCCUGUCUCUGUAUCCCCGGGCCGGGCUCCCUCUCCCGCUCCCCCUGUAUCCCCGGGCCGGUAUGUCCGUCUCCAUCCAGCUCCAGCCCAGCCCCCGGUGCCUGUUCGAUGAGCCGCUCGAGGUGAGAGUGAGCGGCCUCUCCCCGCUCCAACAGGUCACCCUCAAGGCUUGGCUCCGCGACGAGAAGGAGCAGCUUUUCCAUUCGGCCGCUUUCUACACGGCGGACCCCCGCGGGCAGCUCGACCUGGCUCACUCCCCCUCCCUGGGGGGACACUACACCGGCGUCCAGCCCAUGGGCCUCUUCUGGUCGCUCAGCCCCGUCACUCCGUUCACUCGCCUGGUCAAGAGGGACGUCGCCACUUCUCCCCUGUCCGUCCACAUCGAGAUCUUUGAGGGACACUGGAGCCUCGGGCAGCUCCCAGCGCAGCCUCUGGCCACCGCCAUCAAUCAGCGCUGGUUCAUGAAGGAAGGGCUGCUCAGGAUCCCAGUCAGAGAAGGCAGGAUCCGAGGGACACUCUUCAUCCCACCCGGUGUCGGACCAUUUCCAGGGAUUAUUGAUCUGUACGGGUCAGGUGGUGGGAUGGUUGAGCAUCGAGCUAGUCUCUUAGCAAACCAUGGAUUUGUUACAUUGGGUUUAGCAUAUUUUGGAUUUGAUGACCUUCCAAAAGAUUAUUUGAAUCUUGAUCUGGAAUAUUUCGAAGAAGCUGUGAACUUCUUGAGAAGGCAUCCAAAGGUUAAGGGUCCUGGAGUUGGAGCAAUAGGAAUUUCAAAAGGAGGAGAUCUAGUUCUCUCGAUGACCACAUUUUUGCCACAUGUGAUAGUAGCAGUUAGUAUCGGUGGAUGCAAUGCAAACACAUUGGGGAAACUGCACUACAAAGACAUCACUCUUCCUGGUCUUGGUAUUAAUUUAGAAAGAGCCAAAUUUUCAGAAUCCAAGCUGAUCGAUAUCUCUGAGGUGACAAAUGACCCAAUGGAGGAAGAAAACAAGGGUUGUAUUAUCCCAAUAGAAAAGGCUGAGGGCCAUUUUUUGUUUGUGGUUGGAGAAGAUGACAAGAAUUGGAGAACUCCACUCUAUGCUCAGCAUGCUGUUAAAAAACUGAAAGAAAAUGGCAAAGAGAAUUAUGAACUUAUUACUUAUCCUGAAGCUGGCCAUCUCCUGGAGCCCUCAUAUUUUCCAUUUUGCUAUGCUUCUUUUCAUCGAGUGGUGGGACAGCCUGUGUUAUGGGGAGGGAAAGUGAAACCACAUGCACUGGCACAGAUAGAUCUGUGGCCAAGGGUGCAGGCAUUUCUACGAAAACAUCUCGAACAUCAGAGCAAGUUGUAAAAAUAUUUAGUAUUGACUUCACUUAAUUAGUGAAAAAUUCCAUUCUUCCCAGAUUUACCUUAAUCCAUGUUAAUUUAUCAUUAACUUGCAUAACAGUUUUCUCCGAAUUUGUAGAUAAUUCUAAUUUUCCCUGAAUUUAAAUGUGUAAAAUCUUGUUUUGCUAUGCCGAAACUUGUAACUUGUCACUUAUCUUGCUCCAAAUCUCUUAUCACUUUCAGCUGUCAGUUACAUUUUAACAAAUUUGAACAAUAUUUUAACUGGAUAAAACAUUUUCUUUUAAAUGUGAAGCUUUCAGCAAGAUUGUCACUAUUUUUGGAUCGUUUCAGGAUGAGUUGAAUUCACUAUUAGUAUUUAAGAUUUUGGAGCUAACAUUGUGUGAUUGGCAAAAGCCCAACACUUUUUAUCAAUUAAACAAAUUAAUGGACUAUCAGGGGUUGGGGAAUUCAAAAACAGAAAAUUCUAGUGACAAAUGUCCAAAUUGAGCAGCAAUCACUGCAGAAAGUUGACACGACCAGUAUCUAGUCUAUAUUUCUUGGUUUCCUUCCCAAUAUUUCCAAUAAAUGUCAUAAUUUAAAAGCUUG